AUGAGCGAGCCUACCGGAAUGGUUGGCUCGGCGAAUGGGUCGCGUAUUGCACAGAAACAUCAGGUCCCAUCGUCCCAGCCAGACUUCGCGUCAUCUCUCGCAUAUCACAGUCCCCAUCACCAGUAUCUAUACCCGCCCGGUCAUGCGAGCGAUUUCACGCUUCAACAGCAGUUUGCACAGGACUUUUCUGCUUCGCCUUCAUAUUCUGGCGCCUGGGAUAUAUCAUCUGCUCAGCAUCUCCACGGGCAGAGUUUUGUUCCACAAAAUGGACUGCAACAAUUUGCCUCUCAAUAUCCUACACAAGUGCAAAUUUCUCAACAGCACCAGCAGCAACAACAGCAGCAACAACAGCAGCAACAACAGCAGCAACAACAGCAGCAACAACAACAGCAGCAGCAACAACAACAGCAGCAGCAACAGCAACAGCAGCAACAGUUUGCUAGUGCGUAUAGUCCAUCAUCCCAGCAAACCAUUGCUCCAUCUCAACUCGGCGCAAAUUCAUUCCCCACCCAAAAUACCACAGCAUCUCCAUCUGAAUUAUGGUCGGAGUUUGGAGCCACACCUCCGCAAACUAAACAACCUCAGCCCGCCAAAAAGACCCGCCAAAAAACGGAAACUCCAAGUGUACAAUCCGUUAACACCAAUGUUGUUGUAACGCCAUCCCCAAGUUUUAAAAGACCAAAGGAUUGUCCAUGGAUAACAAUUGUAGAAAAUGUGGACCCGCUUCUUCUCCAAGCACUGUCACAGGUUAACUUGAUCAAUGAACCUUUACCUGCUGGACCAGCUCCUAAAAAAUCCAAGCUUAAUACUACCACCAGCCGAACUCAAUCACUUGAAAAACGCCCCCCGAAGGCUAUCCCUAAAUCAAAAAUUCCCGAUGAUCCCAUUGAGAAAAUAAAAUAUCUGGUUUCCGAGGCCCUUUCAUGCGAUGACGAUAUUGAAGAUAUUCGGGAAGCAUCAAAGAAAUUGUGGGAUAUCAUGUUAGAUGUACCGCAUCAGGACCCAAAACAAAUUGAAGCUGUUGUUUGGGCCAUUCUAAAAUCUGGUGAUGAUUCAAUAUUGCAACACCUCGGUAGCUCAAUUCUUUUCACAGUUCGGUUGAGAUAUUGGAUGACAGCAGAGUGGAAUAGAGACCGAAACGCAUCAACCGUACUAAAUUUGCUCAGGUUAUUGCGAAAAUUUCGAGUUACUGAGGAGCAGCUUGAGGAAGCAAAAUGGACUAGGGCACUAACAAGUAUCGGAAGUAAGACGAAGGAUCAGAGGGUAUCCGAAUUAUGUGCUGUGAUAAGCAAAGCUGCAAGAGAAAAAUCUGCAGCUCUGGCAAGAAAGGACAGAGAGGAGCGGAUUAAAGACAAGAGUGAGAAGCAGAAAAGUGCUCCACUGACAGCGUCUGCGCCUGCGCGUACUAAUGGCGAUAGAGAAAAGGUUGCUGGAAAUGGGAUAGCAAUCAAAAGUGAGGGCAGUAGAGGUCUUAAUGUUGGCAUCAAACGCAAGGGCGAUGACGAUUCCAAAGCGUCUGUUGGACCCAACGCAACGAAAAAAGUUGCGGUUGGUGAGGGAAAAAACUCUGUUGCCUCAAAUUCUAAUAAUACAACUGCUGGGGUAUCUACCAUGCCUUCUAAAAACGGGCCAACGUUGGAGAAGAAAUUGACUACAAGUGCUGGAACGUCUACGGCGGCUCCUGUUGCCAAACCGAAAACUACCACUUCCGGGUUUUUCAAGUCGUUGCAGAGCAUGCGCCCAGUUUCUGCCAAAGUGCCCCAAAAAGCCCCCGAGACCAAACCACAACCCAACACUGCAGAGCCACCUCAACCCACUACAUUCACCAGCAUCUUUGAUCAACUCAAGUUACAGCAACAAGGUAAAACAUUGGGAGUCAAGUCCGACGCCGAUGGCAAAAAACGCGAAGCAGAUGAUGACUUAUCGGGCCCUAAUAAGAAAUCAAAAAAGAAAAAGACUGUAAGAUGGAAAACGGGAGAUGACCUUGCAAAAGUUAAGCUUAUUGAAUGGAUGGAACCCGAGGGAGAGUACUAUGGUGGAGGAAGUGGGCACGAAAACCAUGAAUGGGGUAAUGCUAGGAACUUUGAUGUCGAGGAGGGCAGAGAGGCACUGGCAGCUCUUAAGAACAGAAACCUUAUCGAAGAUGAAGAGGACCUGUUGGAUUGGUAUCAACCUAUAGAAAUCGAUUUUGGAAAGUUCCACGAUCUAUUCAAAGCUGCUCCCACUGAUCAUGCGAUCAAACGUGGAGGGAAUAAGAAGCCUGUUAGUGAAGAGGCCAAAAUACAAUCUCAGAGAGAACUUGUUACUUUAUCUGCGCUAUAUACGUCAUCGCAGAGCAUCCCAGUUUCCCCCCAGGAACCGGAUUCAAACAAUGAUGGUUCUCAAGUAUCUGACAAGCAACCAGUUAUAAUCCCGUUGCCCGAUAAUAUCAAACCCCCCGCUAGUAUCUUUCAAGCACCAGCCUCUCAACCACAACAAUCACAGCCACAACCACAACCACAACCAGUAAUAACCCCAGACUUAUCUGCCAUUCUACAGUCAUUUCAACCACAACUUCAGCAAUCACAACAGCAGCAACAGCAACAACAACAACAGGCUCAACAGGUCCCAGCUCAGGCUGUUACUAACGAUUUCUUGGCUCAGAUCCAGGCAAUUACUAGGGCUCAGCAGGCUCCUCAGCAGCAAUUUGGUCAGCAGCCUCAGCCACAGCAACAAACAGUACAACCAAGCACGCCCGAUAUUGGCUCAAUUCUUGCGGCUCUAGGUGGGGCUACUGCAGGACAGCAGCAGGCUCAACAACAGGCCAAUAACAACUUUCUACAGAACUUGAUUCAGCAAAAUCCGACUACUCAAGCACAAAAUGCUGCCCUAGGGAGCGCUUUAGCUUCAUUUGGACUUCCAUUAUUCCAACCACUUGCGUCUUUUGGCCAGGCUCAACCCCCUCCAGCCUCCACUGGAUAUGAAGCGCCUGUUGCCCCCAAAGCAUGGUCGACUUAUGAUUCUCAACCUCAGCAGGCUUACGGAAGCGACAGCAACAAUGGUAACAAUGCUAACCAAUCUGCAUGGACUGGAAGCGGGGGAACCGAUGAGUUUGGUCGCGCGUUGCGUGAUGGCGAGAAAGAAAAGGAGGGCAGAAGUGGCAGAGAUAUUCGUAGAGAUUUAAGAAAAGCUACAGGAUGGGAUGAAAGGAAAGUUGAAGCGGAGCAGCCCCUUAGUGGGAGCGGUAACGGAGGUAGCGGGAGCGGUCGUGGUGGAGGCUGGGGUGGAAAACACAAAAAGGAUAAAAAGGCUGCCAAGCAAGGCAACGUUCCAUGCAUUUUCUACCAGAAGGGCAAUUGCAAGAACGGCGACAACUGUCGAUUUGUACAUGAGAAGUCUUCUGGGGGAGGAAGAAGACGGGGUGGUGGCGGUAGUGGUGGUGGAAGAGAGUCGGGAGGCCCAGGUGCAGGAACACCUGGGUGGCCGACGAGUGGGGAAAUGGAGUAUUGA